CCUCUUCUUAACACUCACUGGGCGAGGAGGGGACAGCGGGAGCGCCCCAAGCAGUGCGCACCUUGUGCAUCUAUCCCAGGCAGCAUCGCGAUGCCUGAGAACAGCUCAAUCGCUAACUGCUGUGAGGCCAGCGGGCUGGCAGCGCGCCCUAGUUGGUCUGGGUCAGCCGGAGCCGGGCCCCCUGUGACUCCCCGGGCACCCUGGGUGGCUCCCAUGCUAUCUACAGUAGUCGUCGUCACCACAGCUGUGGACUUCGUGGGGAACCUGCUUGUCAUCCUCUCAGUGCUCAGGAACCGCAAGCUGCGGAACGCAGGUAAUUUGUUUGUGGUGAGUCUGGCCUUGGCUGACUUGGUGGUAGCCUUGUACCCUUACCCACUGAUCCUUGUGGCCAUUAUCCAUGAUGGUUGGGCCCUUGGGGAGGCCCACUGCAAGGCCAGUGCCUUUGUGAUGGGCCUGAGUGUCAUUGGCUCUGUCUUCAACAUCACAGCCAUUGCCAUCAACCGCUACUGCUGCAUCUGUCACAGUGCCACCUAUCACCGGGUCUGCAGUCACUGGUAUACUCCCAUCUACAUCAGCCUCGUCUGGCUCCUCACUCUGGUGGCUUUGGUGCCCAAUUUCUUUGUGGGGUCUUUAGAGUAUGAUCCACGCAUCUAUUCCUGCACCUUCAUCCAGACAGCCAGCAAACAGUACACGGCGGCUGUGGUGGCCAUUCACUUCCUCCUUCCCAUCGCUGUGGUGUCCUUCUGCUACCUGCGAAUCUGGGUACUGGUACUCCAGGCCCGAAGAAAGGCCAAGGCUGAGAGGAAGCUGCGUCCGAGACCGAGUGAUUUGCGCAGUUUCCUAACCAUGUUCGCAGUGUUUGUGGUUUUUGCUAUAUGCUGGGCCCCUCUCAACUGUAUCGGCCUUGCAGUGGCCAUCAACCCAGAGGCAAUGGCUCUCCAGGUCCCAGAAGGGCUCUUUGUCACCAGUUACUUCUUAGCUUACUUUAACAGCUGCCUUAAUGCCAUUGUUUAUGGGCUCCUGAACCAGAACUUCCGCAGGGAGUACAAGAGGAUCCUCUUGGCCGUAUGGAACACUAGGCGGCGCUGCAUACAGCGUGCUUCCAAACGCUGCCUUACUGAGGAGCCACAGGGCCCGGCGCCACCUGCUGCCAGGGCUACCGUGCCUGCCAAGGAAGGUCCUCUCUAGCCUGCAUCAGCUCGGUGGGCCUAGCAGCAAACCUGUGAAGUGAGCAGAGUGGA